AUGGCUUUCCGCCUAUAUUAUCAGUGGGAGGCGUUUGAGGUUCCCGAAUUGGACAACUUUCUUCGUAUUCUACGAAUGGAAGAACAGCAGUAUCAAUGGCAGAUUAGGAAACGCUAUCAUCAGUACAGGUAUCAACUGGACCAGGAACUACGGCGGAGGGGAUACUUUCUGGGAGAAGAGAUCGACGCACCACCGACAGAAUUGGCUCCAUCGCCACCG